AGCAGUGUUGAGGGAGGGGGGGGUCACCUGUAUAGGAAACCCUCUUCCCUUCUGGCUUUGACAGCUGUUUGGACUUUCCUUUCUCAGCCGUGCUACCUGGUGGGAAUUACCAGGAGGAGGGGGAAGCUCUUAAGAGCUUUCUGGUUGUCAGCUUGAUUUUCAAGCAUCUCUUCAAGGUUUCCUGGCCUGGCCAACCUGAAUGUGAAGUCUCUGUGUGUACAUGGAAGAAAGGGGCAGGCUCCAGAAUGAAGGCGCCUGCCGCCUGCCCGCGCCGCUUUCUUUAGCUCAUGCAUUUUCCUUUUUUGAAGCUCGUCCAGAAGAAUAAACAAAGUCUGUCAUACGGAUGUGAGAAGAGCUUAUCGGGUGUGGAGGAUAAAAGCCGGAAGCCUCUGGUAACUAUAACAUGCUCUGCUGUCUGCCAUGGCAAAUCACCAGCUUCAUACCAGUUCCCAUCGGGAAACCUUAAACUCCAUUUGCCACGGUACCCCAAGUCCCAACUACCACCUUCUUUCGAAGAGCUCCUCGAACCUGGUCGUGGAUUCGGGCGAGAAGCGGAGCAGCAAACAGGAGCUGCGGAAAAGUUUCAGCAGUUCCGCCUGCCAAGUCCAGACAAACGAAACGGACGCUGAAAGCGCUCCGAGCUCUGAGUGGUCCUUGACCCACUCGGAAAUCGCAUCCACCAUCAGGACUCUGAGCAGCUUUUCCCCGAGCGACAGCGCCCAGAGCGGCCCCAAGAGCACCAACCACUUCCUGUCUGCUGACAACUCGUCAGAACCUAUGGAAAGAAUGGACGCUGGAGAGAAUGUUCAGAGCGUCGCUGAUACGGACAUGUCUCCGGCGUGUGACACAAACCCACCAGACGUGAACAUGAUGGAAGUCUCAGUCCAAAGAAGUCUUUCUGACCUGACAUGCCGUUGCAAGCAACAGAGUCCCGCCCCCCACAUGGAAACGAGCGCCACAUAUUCAGCUAUGAGUUCCAACAGCGGUUAUGGUGUUCCUGCAGGCAACCUGGCUUUCCAAAAACUAAGAUACGGAUCGCAUGCGUACGACAGUGCCCCAGGCUUGCCUAGCAACCCAAAUGUGCCUGCUAACAUCUUUGAUAACGUGUCACAUAAUCAGAUUUUUUCAGAUCCUGGUACAUACAGCACAGCCGUCCUUGGGUCUCAUAUGCCCAGAGAUAACCCCUCAAACUCAGCAAUGUACGCUCAGGGUGGAAUUGUGUACAGUAACUUUUCAGCUGGCAUGUACCCUCCUGGCUUGGUGGCCAUUCAGAACAGCACUGCCCUGCCCUAUAAUAUACGACAGGAACCUGCGAUGAAUGUAGAAGGCACCAGCCCGGCCUAUUGCCAUUCCUUGCCCAUACCUCCUCUUCAGUUCAUUCCAAGGUUAGUCUGUUCCGUCAGCGAAUCAGGAAAAGAACAAGUGAGCCCUGGGUAUUGUCCAUCUCUGCCAGUUACUGGAGUGGCGCCCCUUCCUAAACUGGUGUCAUCUGUUAGUGAAUCCGGGUUGGAUGCAAAGCGAAUCUUGGGGUGCCCCAGAGUGCACGGGGACCAGUCUUACUCCCAACAGAUUGGGCCCCAACAGGAAAGGAAGACUACUUAUGUGGUGUUGAACAGCUGCCAGGAUGGUACGGAAGUGGUCCUGAAAACAAAAGACAUGUGGACCAUGACCUCGAUGAACGACAUGAUCCGGGGCCUGCAGCCUCCGCUCGAAUGCAAAGAUGCCGGAGUGCAAACCAACUCCACAAAGGAAUGCAAGUCGGUGGCCACAAGCCCCUCGGUCGUAGUGGAGGACCCCCCUCACAUGUACCCGGAGUGUAAUUUGGAACCGGAGGCCGAAGGGGAAAAAUCUCCUGUGCGGGAAGUGAGGUGGGAUGACGAAGGAAUGACCUGGGAAGUUUACGGGGCAGAGGUCGACCCGGAAGAGCUCGGGGUAGCCAUUCAAAAACAUCUGGAGGUUCAAAUUGAGCAGCUGCAGUCGGAAACCGUGACGCUCUCUCGGAAAAGUACCGACGAAGGCGAAAAGAGACUGUCUUUCAGAACGAUGAUGUAUUGCCUGAGAAAUCCGAGUUGCUGCGCCCGUUCUAGCGCAGCAUUGGAAUAAGCUUUCAGACGAGACUGCGGCACCCAUUGUAACACACACACACACACACACACACACUUGUAGAGUUGUAAAUAAACAGUAUCCAUCUGGUAAAGCAAAGACAAGAGCUGGAAACUAUGACAUGCUGGUCGAAAAUAAAGUUCAAGAAAAUUGAGGAUUCAGGGAAGGUUAUCUGAACAAUAUCUCCCCAAGAGCUGAUCUGUACUUUGCUUGGGACAACGGGGUAGACUUCUGCCCUGUUUUCCUUGACUGCAGUUUUUGUGGGGGUGGGGGUGGGGGUGGAGGGUGUCAUAUUUGUUGAAUUCUUCACAUAGAAAGUUCCCUGCAUCUAGCAAACUACACAUGAGAAAGCACUGAACUGUUUCUCCCCAAAGGGCUAAUUUACUCAAUACAGGGACUAGAAGGCUUUUUGGCUGCUGGAGAAGUAAACAGACAUUUUUUUUUUCUAUUAAAAGAAAAACUGUCGAUUAGAGAUGUCCGGAUUUUAAAUAUGUUACUCCACUCUUGUAUCUAUAUGCAAACACUACAGUUUCUACAUGACUGACUGACUGGAGUUCAUCUUGUGCGUCUCUGCGUUGACUUGCUGUAAGAAAUGUUUUUUAAAGAGAGAAUGUUCAUUUCUGUAUCCCUUAGUUUUAAACACUGACCCCCCAACUUCCCUUUUAUUAAAACUCUGCCCGUGCAGUUUGAAACACAA